GAUGAAGCACAGCUUAUAAAGAGAAUAGUGGAGGAAAUCUCUUCACAGCUAGACCGAACACCCUUACAUGUUGCUAAGCAUCCGGUUGGGAUACAUCUCCAUGUGGUAAAGCUGAAAUCAAUGUUAAAUCUCAAGUCCGAUGAUGAUGUUCUCAUGAUAGGAUUAUGGGGACAAGGAGGCAUAGGAAAAACAACUUUAGCCAAAGCCCUUUACAAUGCUAUCUUUAGACAAUUUGAGGGUUCAUGUUUCUUGGCAAAUGUUCAAGAAGCUUCAAGAGAUUCCAAGGAUUUAGUUUCUGUGCAAAAAAAAUUGUUGUCCGAUAUAUUAGUUGGAAAAGGAUUAGCAAUGACCAGUGUUGAUGAAGGCAUCAAUUUAAUGCAACAUAGACUUUGCCGCAAAAAAAUUCUCCUUGUUCUCGACUAUGUCAAUGACUUAGAACAGUUAAAUGCUUUAGCUGGAGAUUGUGAGUGGUUUGGUAAAGGAAGUAGAAUCAUAAUUACUACAAGAGAUAGCCAUUUGCUAACUUCCCAUGGAAUAGAUGAAGAUCACAUCUAUGAAGUUCAAACUCUAGAGAAUUGUGAAGCUCUUGAACUUUUCAAUAAGCAUGCCUUUGUAAGAAACAACAAAAUAGAAAUACGGAGGGAUCUUGUGGAUAGUGCUUUGCGUUAUGCUAAUGGACUUCCUUUAGCACUUGAAGUAUUGGGCUCUUUCUUGCGUGGUAGAAGAGAACAUGAGUGGGAAAGUGCGUUGAGUAAGCUUGCCAAAAGUCCUAAUGAAAAAAUCAAUAAGGUUCUUAAGUUAAGUUAUGAUGGAUUAGAGCAAAAUGAAAAGGAGAUCUUCCUUGAUAUUGCAUGUUUCUUCAAAGGGCGAAAUAAAAAGGACAUCAUGAAAGUUCUUGAUGGUUGCGGCUUUGACACAAGUAUUGGGGUACAAGUUCUAGUUGAGAAGUCCUUGAUAUUUGAAGAUGGAUGGACCCUAUGUAUGCAUGACUUGAUUCGGAUGAUGGGAAUGGAUAUUGUCAAACAAGAAUGUCUCGAUGAUCCUGGAAAACGUAGCAGGUUAUGGCUUUAUGAUGAUGUUCAUUAUGUUUUGUCGAGGGAUAUGGGAGCAAAUGCGGUAAAAGCCAUAGUUUUGGAUUUACACGAGCCAAAAGAGAUAUGCAUAGGUCCUGAUGCUUUCACAAACAUGAAAAGGUUGAGGUUGCUCAUCAUGAUUAAUGUGCAUGCCUCUCUCCAAGGUCCUAUUGGUCUUCCUAAUGAACUAAGAUGGUUUGAAUGGCCUGAAUGUCCUUGGGUUCCACAAUUUUCCUCUGGUCCAAAGAAGUUAGUUGGACUUGAUCUGCAAAGAAGCAACAUCCAAGUAGUGAGGGAGCAAUUUAAGGACUUUGAAAAAUUGAAGUUCAUUAACUUGAUGGAAUGCCAAUCGCUGGUUUCUAUGCCGGAUCUCUCCUGUAUGCCAAAUCUCGAGGAUUUGGAUCUCCAAGGGUGCAAAAACUUGGAGAGUGCCCACGAUUCAGUUGCAUAUCUUCGUAAGUUAAGGUCGUUAGAUUUAGGUAAUUGCUCUAAAUUGCAAAGAUUCCCUGAUAUUCCAGAUAAGAACGAAAGCUUGCAAGAAGUUUAUCUAGAAGGGAUUUCAAUUAUGGAACUUCCUACAUCCAUAGAAAAUCUUGUCUCUCUCGAGAGGAUGUAUUUAUUUGAUUGCAAGAAACUGGCAAUCCUUCCGUCUAGCAUUUACAGGUUGCAAAAGCUUGAAAUCCUGCAACUUGAAGGCUGCUCAAAACUAAUCAAGUUUCCAAAGGAGGAGGAGGAUUUGGGUGAACCCCAUACAAAGACGGGAUUUCCUAUGUUAUCAUGGUUGAACCUUGGAUCGUGCAAUCUAUCAGAAGUAGAGUUCCUGGAAAAUCUUUCCUGUUUUCCCAGCUUACAAAAAUUAGAUUUAUGGGAAAACAAUUUUACUAACCUUCCUACAUGCGAGAAACUAUAUAACUUGGAAAGUUUGGAUGUUUCGUAUUGCCAACAACUACAAGAGAUCCCCAAGAUUCCUGGGAAAUUGAGAAGACUACAUGCAACUAGCUGCGAAUCUCUGAGUAGAAUUCCCUCCAACAUAUGCGACGUUGAGAUCGUUGAGUUAUAUUCACAUCAGGAACCAGUUCGUAAUGGGUUCUCCGUGAAUGAUUUGUUCAAGCUUGAGAAAUUUCAUCGCCAAAAAAAUUGCCGAGUAAUUCUACCUGGAGGAGAGAUGCCAAAGUGGUUGCUCCCCAAUAAAGAGGGUUAUAUAUCUUUCGUGGCUUCAAAGGACUUGUAUAAAAAGAUCUUAGGAGUAGCUUUCUGUGUUGUAUUUCGAGUAGAAGGAAGUUCGCUUUUCCCAUUUGAGCUUAUAGGAUCCGUUAAUUGCAAAUGCACGAAACACAACAGGCAUGUCAGGCAAUUUGAUUUGGAUCAUGUGUGGCUUGAGUAUAUGGAAUCAAAGGAGGUGUGGACAGUAGACGAUUUUGGUCCAAAUGACUUGAGCCAUUUCCACGUUAGCAUUAGAGUAUCUGAAUCUGAUUAUGGUCCACGUAACAGAGUAUUUGUGAAAAAGUGUGGAUUCCGACUAAUAUGCAAGCCACUAAAGAACGAUUUGGAGGUUUUGCUUCAAGACGAUCAGUUGCUAGAUCCAGCUUUACUCUACGAGGUUUCGCAUGAAGAUAAUCCAACGAGCACAGAGGAAGAAAGUUCAAGUGAAACAGAAGAUUUACAAGAUAGUAAAACGUGCACAGAGGAAGAAGGAUUGAACAUGGUUGACUUUUCAAUUGAGAAGCAUCGCUAUUCCAGCAUUGAUUCUGAUUGCCGAAAUGUUCGCCCUGGAGGAGAGAUGCCAAAGGAGUUCGUCAUUGUCGAAGACGGUACAAUAUCUUUCAUGGCUUCACAAGACUUGUAUAACAAGUUCCAAGGAUUGUAUCUCUGUGUUGUCUUCGGUGUAGAAGAUGGAAAAAAGGAAGUAUCUUUCGACAUCGUACCACGUGUUAAUGGCCAAAGGCGGAAUGGGUUAUCAGGAACUCUCGGUUCAUUUGAUACGGAUCACGUGUGGUUCCAACUUCUCAGGCCAAAUGCGCUGUGGGGAAUGUUGGAGGGAUCAGUUGACUUUGGUCAAUUUGACGAGAGUUAUUUACGAUUUAGCCUUGAUAUUAGAGUAGCGGGUGGAACCGUGAAAAAGUUGGGAUACGUGAUACAAUCCCUGCCACUAGGGGAUGCUUUGAAGGUCGAGCUUGAAAAGAAUCGAUUAAUGGAUGCAGCUUCACUCUGUGAGGAUGAUGAGAGUCCAUGGUACCGUAUCAGACAGAAAGGAUAUCCUUCCAAGAAUGUUUCGCAAGCGUAGAGGGUGAGACUCAAAUAUAUGGGAAGAGAUAGCGGGCGACUCGGCACACAAGACGCUUCAAUACAUUAGAAGAGGGCAUCAUGUCUGGCUCAUGUGUCUUCAGCAUGGGGCGCUGCGGGA